GCUAAACAUGGCGGUCAUGGCGCCCUUCAGUUGCUAUAAUUAGAGUGAGUCAAUCGAUAUUUCUCACUAAAGGGUUGCCUGGCCAGUGUAGUUCUUUCAAGGUAAAAGGAAACACGGUUAAAAAAGAGAAAAGUGCGCCCUGUGUUCUACUUCAGAUUAGAUGAAGACAUUAUUUACAUAGACUAAUAAUGUGAGUAAUAACACGAUUCAUGUUAAUUUUUUUUUUUAAAUAAUGAAAUUAAUGAUUAAUUUUUAACGAAACCUAAAAACAUACGGCAUGGAGGCAUCUCUCUUACCGUGCACUGACCAGUCACAGAAAUAUAAUUAAUUUCCCGUAUCCGUAAACGAUGGGCGCACCCCGUGUAGUGAAGCUCCGGUAGGCCUACUUCAUGUGUCAUGCUGAACGCAUUGGCCUGCCAAACUGAUGUGCGUGGCCACAGUUACCAGUUGUACCCAGUUUCCCCAACAUUCAACUUGCUGCCAUGUGUAAUAUUCUAACUAAGGGAGCUUCCACUCUUGGAUAUCAAUGGUCAGUUUCUUAGAGCCACGUCAAACAACGGGUGUUGUUUGCCUGUUGGCAGAUGUCUACACGUCUAGCAAUGAAGGGGCAUGGACGUAGCGUUGAUGACCCUGCAGGAGAGCAUAGUGGGCAGGGGGUUGUGGAGGGGGAGGCGCCUCAGGUGGCACUCAUAUUGAGGGGAGGCAUUUUCGGUUAACUGUGGAGUUUUUUUUCGUGGAAGUGGUGGGGGCGGGGGCAUAAAGUUUAACGUUUCGCCCUCCCUUGGCGGCUUUAACCCUGACUACGCAACUGACAGUAGAGAUAUAAUAAUAAUAAUAAUAAUAGUAAAGCUUAUUUGAAAAUCACGCUUCAUCCCCAAAGGCUCGAAGCAUGGUACAAAGUCAUCAAUGUUAAAAAGAAAUGAAAAAAAAAUCUAUAUUUUGCCACAUUGAAAUACAAAACGCAACAUUACAAAAACUACAUACGAGAAUACCCAUUCUAAGUCUUUCAUCCUUUGCAACCAUAAACAACACAGGCCACUUUACAUCUAGGAGAUAUUAGUUAGCUGGAAAAGAUGGUAGACAAAUUCACCCCAACAUAUUAUCGCUUGAGCCCUACUGCAGCCUUUAGAUUAGCCUAAACUUUUUAUGUGGAUGACCACAUUGACAAUUGUAAAGCUAUUUGGGGGACCGCAUGCAUAAUAUAAUGUCCAAGUUGUACAUGUAGAUUAAUAUUUCUCUAUAUUAAAAUUGGUAAAUUCUAAUUUUAGCAAUGACAAUAGUCAAGGACUGUUUUAAAAAAUCGAAAAUUAGAAAGUUGAUCAAAAAUGUUAAAACCAGCAUAACGGUGCAUGAAAUUCGGUAAAAUUCAACAAAAUAACUUAAUAGCAAAGUAGUUAUAUAUAUAUAUAUAUAUAAAUAUAUAUAUACAUAUAUGAAUAUGUGGCAGUGUAUGCCCCGUUAUUUGGAAACCCGCUAUUAGACCCGUUAUUUUGAGUCUACCGCUAUUAGUACGAAAACCAUGUGUGGCGCCCAACGCGAGGUCGCGCGGUGUGACCUCGCCUAGCACUGGAUCGGAAUGUUGACCUCAGGUAUCCCUGUCACCCCAGACCGGACGGUCUCUAUACGGCCGGCUUCUCUCGCGAAUAAGGAGGAAAUAAUAAAAUACCACGAUGUGCGCUGUAGUUUGAAAUUCAAUAAUUUAUUUCUCGGGAACCCUAGCGUAUUAAGUUAUAAAUUAUAUCUAGUUAGAAAGGGGAUUCUAUUCACUAUUCCAUAGCAUAUUUAUAAGUCUCCAUCGUUGGAGGAUAUUUGAACAUUGAGUCAUUAUAGGGGUUGUCACCUUCAUCUAUAGUGGUCCCCACCCCCUUCUAGUUAAAAUAUCUCAAAAUCAUUUUAACUCAUAGAAAUAUAAAAUAGCCUCUUAGAGAGCUGAGACAACACUGCACUGGACACAUAUAAGUCGUUAGGGCUUUGGUCAGAGAUUUUAAUUAUGACUCGGGUGUAGUCCCCAGAGUUAGGCAUUUUAUCCCAGGAAAUUGGUCAGAAGGCAAAACUUAGACUGACUUGGUUUAAGUGUGACGGAGGGGCUCUCUCAUAUGUCCACGCACGGCUUUAUAAAGGGGUGCACACUAAGUAGGGAGGGGGGGUCAUUCGAGAUUGGUCAGCAUCCCUGCAGUGUGCCAUUGUUCAGUGCGGCCCAUUGGAACGCUCUAUAUUGUCCUUUUUCUUCAUAGUGGACUUUUGCCUUAGUCUUUAUAUUUUCUUAGGGCUUUUCCUUUGGACCUGUCGGUCACAGCGAUAUUUUCCUGUAGAGCAUUAAUAAAGCUAUAGUCCUCGAGACCUGCAUUUCUUCAUUUGUUUAUUAAUAACGGCCAGUGGCAGGAUUGGUACCACACAAGCACCAAUCCCCUACCCCACCCACACUACUACAUAUAUAUAUAUAUCUAAAUGCAUUCGAGGGCCGCAGUUUGCCCACCUUUGGCCUAGGGCUUAGUGCAAGCAGCAGUUAGAUUACAUAUCAAGAGUUUUUUCUCACUCGAAUUACACUUACAUCACAUCUACCGAAUUUAUGAUUAUUACUCAAUCGACAAUAAUUCACAAUUUAAACUGAUCGGUAUCAGUCUGAUUUGAUGCGUGUGGGUGGAGAAAGGAUGUGCGUGGGUGGAGAAAGGAUGUGCGUGGGUGGAGAAAGGAUGUGCGUGGGUGGAGAAAGAAUGUGCGUGGGUGGAGAAAGGAUGUGCGUGGGUGGAGAAAGGAUGUGCGUGGGUGGAGAAAGGAUGUGCGUGGGUGGAGAAAGGAUGGGCGUGGGUGGAAAAAAGGAUGGGCGAGGGUGGAGGAAGGAUGUGCGAGGGUGGAGAAAGGAUGUGCGAAGGAUGUGCGUGGGUGGAGAAAGGAUGUGCGUGGGUGGAGAAAGGAUGUGCGUGGGUGGAGAAAGGAUGUGCGUGGGUGGAGAAAGGAUGUGCGUGGGUGGAGAAAAGAUGUGCGUGGGUGGAGAAAGGAUGUGCGUGAGUGGAGAAAGGAUGUGCGUGGGUGGAGAAAGGAUGGGCGUGGGUGGAAAAAGGAUAAGCGUGGGUGGAGAAAGGAUGUGCGUGGGUGGAAAAAGGAUGUGCGAGGGUGGAGAAAGGAUGGGCGUGGGUGGAAAAAGGAUAAGCGUGGGUGGAGAAAGGAUGUGCGUGGGUGGAGAAAAGACAAAAUGCCGCAGUAACAUGAUGAUUCUAAAAGCAGUGGAAUAUAAAACAAAAAAGAUUGGGGGCGAAGGGGGGGGGGCGUGUGGCACGUUUUUCCUUAUAUAGCGGGGCGGCAUUUUCGGCCAGCUGCAGAUGUUUUAUCGUUCAAUGGGGCGGCAACAAUCUUCGUCGGCCCCAGGUGGCACUAACCCUAGGUAAGCCACUGCCUACAAGUUAGACACUUAGGUAACCCCGACGGGCCACAGUAGAGUAAAAGUGAGGAAAUACAUGUUUUAGUGUGUGCAGUUGAAAGAAUUGAUAUUUAAUUAUAAACUAUUUCGAAUCUUUCGUUCCAUAAGCAUAAAACACAAUAAAAAUGGAUGCUUCCUUACUGUCAUUAAAUUUUAGCGAUGUACUAUGAUAGGUAAAAUAAUUCUUUUUUUUCUUCUUUUUUUUUGGGGGGGGGGGGGUGUUAGGGGUUAAAAAAUCUAUAUAACCGUAUUGUUUAUAAGAAAUGUAACAUAUAUUUAUUUUAUUUAAGUUAAAACCAAAUUAAUUUCAAAUGACCGAACUGCAUUUGUUGCCGGACCAAAGUUUGAGUUUUCAUCGAACCGAACCCUUCUUACGACUAGCCUCGAACCGAACCCUUCUUACGACUAGCCUCGAACCGAACCCUUCUUACGACUUACCACGAACCGAACCGUUCCUAUGACUUACCACAAACCGAACCCUUCUUACGACUAGCCACGAACCCAGCCCUUUUUACGACUUACCACGAACCGAACUUCCAAAAGAAGAUUCGAAUUUUAUCGUGAGGAAAGGAAAGAGAGGUGGUAUUGUCGGCCAACUGCUGAGUGGGGGUGGGGGGGGGGUGUGGGUGUCAAAAGCUUAAAAACAUUUGUCCUAUUGAGGUUAAGUAUAAGUUUUAAAAAAUUUAUAUUGCGGUCAAGAAUAACUUAUAAAGUUAGACAUUUGGUCUAUUGAAGUCAAGUAGAAGUUAGACAUGUGUUAUAUAGAGGUUAAUUAUUAGUAGUUAGACAUUUGGUCUAUUGAGGGUAAGUAUAAGUUUACCAAUAAUCAUGUUUGAAUAUGUUUCUAUUCAAAGUCACAUAUUUAGGAGAAUGUUAAAAUCUACAGAUGUACUUUUAACAACUAUGUUUUUCUAUUUAAAAAAAUCAGUGACAAACCAGAGACUCUAACAAGACGAAACAUUCUCCAACGCCAUGUCGUUCACACCACUUUAUGCUGCCUGGGUUAUCCAAAAAUUGGGAAAUCUCCAAAAGACGGACGAGAAUCUCAGCGACUUGAAAAUCCGCAUCGGCGAUACCCAAUUCCACUGUCAUCGAUUUCACAUGAGUGCCUGUUCCGAGUUCUUCCGCGUGCUUCUUGGCAUCGAGGAAUCUAAAGAAAACGAUACUAAACCCGUAGACGUUUCCGAACCUGUAGUCGUACUUACCAUCAAAGGUAUCGAGUCUGACACCUUUGAAAAUAUCCUCGGUUCCAUCUACAGAGCUGAGAACAACCUCACAGAACAGAACAUGAUUGACUUGUGGCAUGCGGUCAGCGAUCUUCAGAUCAACUUUCUUGUCUCCGAGUGUGAAGAAUUCAUUAUGAACAAAAUAUCUCUGAGUAAUUACCUGAACAUUUACGAAAGCGCUGUACUGCUGAAGUCAGAGAGAGUCCUGGCGUCAAUUUACCCGUUUCUGGUGAAACAUUACAGAGACUUUAUAACAUCGCAAACGUUCUUUGCGAUGUCACUGGAAUGGUUUGAGGAUUUCCUCCAUAAAUGUGGGUCAGCCAUUCAACCCCCUGAUCUUCUAGUGGAGUCCAUCAUUGCAUGGGUCAGUCAUGUCCCCGAGACGAUUCCCGGACAAGAAAACGGAACAGAUUUACCAAAGCAAUCGGACAUGUUAAAUUCCAAUAAGAAGAAACGCAAGCAGAAAACUGAAAAGGGUGAAGAAUUAGACGAUGCAAAUACACGGAAGCUUACUGAAGUCGUGUUUGUGAAGGUCCACGGCAAAGAUGGGAUCAAAGCUAAACCCAUUGGGGCUGAUACGAGGAGAUCACACGUUGGGACGCUGCUGAAGGAGACCAAUUUGGCAUUGGUCAGCAGGGAGUGUCUGAAGACGCUUUUGGAGACUGACAUUGUGAUGGAUCGCAAAGACGCGAGAGAGUUUGUCAAUAAAACAGUAGCCCAGCGAAUGGAAUCCCAGGUACCUGAAAAUCCAAAUGUCACCGAAAAGCCACUAGCCAGAUUUUAUUUAUGUAUUGUUAUGUAAUUAAUGUUGUGAUUACAUGACUCGGUGGAACCUUUUUGACUUGGUGGAGCAUUUGUGGCUUGGUGGAGCAUUUGUGACUGGGUGGAGCCUUUGUGACUUCAUGGAGCAUUUGUGACUUGGUGGACAAUUUAUACAUUUUUUUGAAAAAUGGGUUACUUGGUGGAGUAUUUGUGACUUGGUGGAGCAUUUGUGACUUGGUGGAGCAUUUGUGAUCUGGUGGAGCAAUUUUAAAUGGCGCAUUUGUGACUUAGUGGGGCAUUUGUGAAUAGCUCUUGUGACUCGGAAGAGCAUUAUGGAAUGGUCAUGUGACCUGCUGGAACAUUGGUGAAUGAUUUUGUGUAUCGUUGGAAAUUUUUGAAUUGAUAUUGUGACUUGGUGGAGCAUUUGUAAAUAAUCGUGUGAUUUGGUGGAGCAUUUUUGGUAUUGAUCUUGUUCCAAGCUGAAUAUUAUGUUUAAUUUUGGAGAAAACAAAAGUGACGUUUAAAUGUAUUUUACUGGCUGUGUCACUCAUUUUAGUUGUAACGAAAUGUCAAAGGAAUUUAAUUACUAUUCAGGGCCGGCCUUUAGGGUGUGCGACCUGUGCCCUCGCACAGGGCGCCUGGGAGUAGUAUAGUAUGUAGGAAACGCUUAGUAUUUUGGAGGAGGUUGGGAGGAGGUUCUCCUCCAAGGAGGAAUAAUUCGAUAAUUACUUUUUUGUAAUUGUCUUAUAAAAGUUACCUCCCUUUGCUUUGUACUGUUGUAAGCGUGUAAUUAUAUUGAAUUGAUUAAUUAUAUUUGUACUGUUGUACAAGGCUAUAUUUGAUUGAUUAAUUUGUGCAUGCCUAUAAUUAUUGAUUUGUAAUUAGUUUGAUUAAUUUUAAAAUUAUUUUAAAAAGAAGACAAAAGAGGGAUUCGUUUUUUAUAUUACUUUUAUUAUAUCAUUCAAUGUAAUCAAUUUAAGUGGUGAUCAUAGUGUUUUGGGUAUAUUUUUUCUUGUAUUUUAAUUAGUUUUCUUGUCUAUUUUAAGUGAUUCUCAAAGUAUGGGGGUCAUUUUCGGUUGCAUUUUAAUAGGUUUUCUGAUAUUUUUAAUUAGUUUUUAUGUAUAUUUAAAGUGGUUAUCACGAUGUCGGGGUCGAUUUUCUAAUAAGUGGUUCUCAUUAGGUGUGAAUCAUAACGAGUUUUCUUCUCGUUAUGGAAUAAUUCUGUUGUAACAGGAUAACUUUAUUGAAUUUUAUUGAUGAGUAUCAAAUAUUUCUCAUUUUCAGGGGGUUCUCAAAGUACUUUUUGGUUGUAUAUUUUCUUGUAUUUUAAUUAGUUUUCUUGUCUAUUGUAUAUGGUUUGGUAGGCAGGACAGGUGGUUUUAAGCUUCUUCUUGGCAAGUUUGAGGACUGAGUAGGGUCCUAAUUAGAGUUAUUGUAGUGUGUUGUUUAAAUUUUUAGGCUUAGUGAGUUAUGUUUUGUGCGCAUGAUAGAUGUUUUAAGUUUCUUGUUGUCAAUUUUCGAUUGAGUGGUUAUCAUUUUUUCUAAAAAGUGGUUCUCAUUAGGUGUGAAUCAUAACGAGUUUUCUUCUCGUUAUGGAAUAAUUCGAUUGUAACAGGAUAACUUUAUUGAAUUUUAUUGAUGAGUAAUCAAAUAUUUCUCAUUUUCAGCGGGUUCUCAAAGUGUUUUGAUUGUGUACUUUCUUGUAUUUUAAUUAGUUUUCUUGUAUAUUUUAAGGUAUUCUCAAAGUAUGGGGGUCAUUUUUGGUGGCAUUUUAGUAGGUUUUCUUAUAUUUUUAAUUCGUUUUCUUAUAUAGUUAAAGUGGUUAUCACUAUAUCGGGGUCAAUUUUCUAAUAAGUGGUUCUUAUUAGGUGUGAAUCAUAACGUGUUUUCUUUUUGUUAUUGAAUAAUUCGGUUGUAGCAGGAUAAUUUUGUUGAAUUUUAUUUGAUGAGUAAUCAAAGAUUUCUCAUUUUCAGCAGGUUCUCAAAGUGUUUUGAUAGUAUAUUUUCUUGUAUUUUAAUUAGUUUUCUUGUCUAUUUAAAGUGGGUAUCACGAUGUCGGGGUCGAUUUUCUAAUAAGUGGUUCUCAUUAUGUGUGACUCAUAACGAGUUUUCUUCUUCUUAUUGAAUAAUUCUGUUGUAACAGGAUAAGUUUAUUGAAUUUUAUUGAUGAGUAAUCAAAUAUUUCUCAUUUUUUCAGUGGGUUCUCAAAAUGUUUUGAUAGUAUAUUUUCUUGUAUUUUAAUUAAUUUUCUUUUCUAUUGUAUAUGGUUUGGUAGGCAGGACAGGUGGUUUUAAAUUUCUUCUUGUUACCAGGCACACAUUUCAUUUCAUCUAGCCACUCAACCUCUUUCCAUCCAACAUUACCCGUCAAAACUUUACGAUGGUCAUCUACCAUAUCAUAUACCAAGUUAGUGUUUUGUCUUCUCUGACCACAGACAUCUGUCUUCGUCUCAUCUAACAGAUCUUCCUACCUCCAUCUUUUUUUCUGAUCAUCUCAACUCUUUCAACAUCUCUCAUGCUUCCACAGCCAAGUCCACAGUCAAACAUUAUUAAUAUGUCCAACAGAACUCAAACAUUACCAUGUCUUACUCGAGGCUCUAAACAGCUCUUAACAAUACGGUUUUUAACUUUUCAUCAACCCACUGAACCAAAGUUCAUAUCAACUAAUGUAGCUAAACGUUUCCAACGCAACUAUCGGAGUGUCCUCAAACACAUAACUUCCAUUUUGCGAGAUGAGCGACUACCCAUCCACUUGUAUUCCACUGGUAUGAACCAGUUACAUGACUAGAGAUUACACUAUUCCUACCAUUCAUGUCAGGUACCCAGGCCGUUUAUCCCAGUUAAUCUACACACUUAUGAAACAACACAAUCAACCACAGCGGGCAAUGACCAGGGAGGGUAAUGAACCUCGUUAGAGUCGCUUAUCAAAACCUAACAAGGGCUGCAACUCGGUUGGAGUUAGGGCUGUGUAGGUCUUUUGACAAUAACACCAAUAAAACUAUUUAACUAUUUUGUUUAUUUAUUAGUGUUUGUGUGUGAGUUUCCCACCCAAACACCCCCACCAAACCGAUUCUAAACUCCCUCAGUCUAUUAUAGUGAAGUGUGAACCUCGGGUCCGAGGGUCGAGAAACGGUAUUCUAACUUUACGUGCAAUCGCUCUUCAUACAAUGAAAGGUGCAUUCUUAAUUUGGAUACAGGGACAGGGAAGAGGGCGCAGGGCAAAUGUUUACCUAAGGCUUAACUUUGGCGCCCCUUAUAACUAAAAUCAUUAAAGAAAAAAAACAACUAUUUAUUCGGUAAGGAGUUUAUUACCUAUUUGGUUGUUUUUUAAAAACAAACAAUAAACAAAAGCAAAGGUAAUAAACUCUUUACCGAAUAACUAGUUUUUUCCUUUAAUGAUUAAACUUAUUAUAAGGGGCGCCAAAGUUAAGCUUGCACAGGGCGCCAGCAACCGUCGGGCCGGCCCUGUACUAUUGCUUUAUUACUGAGCAGACCUUUGACCAGUAGACUUAUUCCCGAUCAUUAAUGAAAUAGUGGAACAAGGCAUAUUGAACUUGAAUAAUUAGACAGGACAAUACGAUUGGAACGUUUGAGCUUUGAGCCUUCUUCAGCAAACAACAGAAAUAGAAGGAAGACAAGUAACAGAGCACAGUAAAAAAAAAAACUUUAGAGAUCUCUUUUGUUUUUAAUGUCAUCUGACCUUUGGAGGUUCACUGCAAGAUUUCGGUUUUUGUGCCCCCCCCCCCCAGCAUGCAAAGUAAAUACUUCAAUUUUCAUUACAUCACAAAUUUAGGCCUCUUAAGGAUCCGAGGCCCCCUGCAGGGCCCACAGGAUGGCUCCGGAGGCAAGCCAAGUAAGUAGGCCUACAUACAGUCUGCCGGUAGAUGCGGACAAUGGAAAGGCUGCCGUCAAAGAUAACUUGGUGGAUGAAACAGAACCGUCGCCAACUAAUGGAGCCCCCCACCCCCACACCCCCCCCCCGACACAUUUCGGGGUUCUCCCCCCUUGCAUGCAAUUUUUAAAUGUGAUCGUUUAAUUAUGUUCCAAAUCACAACUUUGAGCCACUUAGAUAUCCGAGCCCCACUGCUGCCUCGGGGCCCCACUGCUGCCUCGGGGCCCCACUGCUGCCUCGGGGCCCCACUGCUGCCUCGGGGC